GCACAUGCCUCCCUUCCCCACCAGUUCUCUUGAAAUUAGGAAGGAAAUUACUCUUCUCUACCGACAUUUCCUAAUUUCCUUUCCCUUCUCCGUUCCAUUCUGAAUUCACAUCCCCACUCUCCGAUUAUAACUCUAAAAUUACCUAAUUUCUUAUCACAUUUCCCUCCCUCCUCUUAAUAAUAAUGUGUCCUGGACAAAACACUAAUUAAUCAUUGCUUGCAUUAAGAAACAGAACCCCCCUCCCCCCCACUGGAGCAGAGAGAGAGAGAGAACUUGUUCUGCUGCUUGUCGUUGUUGAAUCUUUUGAUUCUCUCUCUCUCUCUCUCUCUCUCAAAUUACUACUACUCUAAUGGCUAAAGAAAGAGAGAAAGAGAAGAAGAUGUUCGUAGGAGUAUCCUGGAACUGUGCAGCUGAGCUCAAGUUCCUCAUCACGGCCCUCCUUUUCGUCUGCUCUCUCGUCACCGUCCUCCAAUUCCUCCCUCCUCGCUUCUCUCUCUCCUCCCCCGACCUCCGCGCCUGCGUCCCCGACAUCUCCACCGCAGCCGCCGCCGCCGUCUCCAACUCCACCGCCGCCGCCGGGGCUCCCAACUCCACGAAAACCACCGCGGAUGCGGCGGCAGUCAAUUUAUCCCCACCACCGCUUCCCCCGCCGACCACGCCGACGCCGCCGCCGCCGCGUCAGCAGGACGAGGUACUCCAAGGAGGCAUUAUUAAAAGGAGCUUCAACACGUACGGCGCCGCUUCGUACAACUUCGUCCUGAUGAGCGCUUACAGAGGGGGGCUCAACACCUUCGCGGUCAUGGGCUUGUCCUCGAAGCCCCUCCACGUGUACGGCAACCCUUCCUACCAAUGCCGGUGGAUCUCACACAACUCCACCGUCCCCACCGCAACCGCCGCAGGCUAUAAAAUCCUCCCCGACUGGGGCUACGGCCGCAUCUACACCGUCGUGGUCGUCAACUGCACCUUCCCCUCCCCCGUCGGCCUCGACGGCCUCGGCGGCGGAACCCUCCUCCUCCUCGCCUCCACCAACGGCGGCGGCGACGGAAGCUCCAACACUACCGACACCAUCCCAGCCCUAACCGAAAAACCCCAAACUCUGCACCCUAACUACUUCACCUCCCCGCCCAAGUACGAUUACUUAUACUGCGGCUCGUGCUUGUACGGAGGCUUAAGUCCACAGCGGAUUCGCGAGUGGUUGGCUUACCAUAUCAGGCUGUUCGGCGAGCGGUCGCAUUUCGUGAUCCACGACGCCGGCGGCCUCCACGGGGAGGUCAUGGAGGUGCUGAAACCGUGGAUGGAGAAGGGGUACGUGACGGUGCAGGACAUAAAGGAGCAGGAGAGGUUUGACGGGUACUACCACAACCAGUUCCUUAUAGUGAACGAUUGUUUGCAUAGGUACAGGUUCGAUGCCAAGUGGAUGUUCUUCUUCGACGUGGAUGAGUUCGUUUUCGUGCCGCGGAGGAAUAAUAUCAAGGCGGUCAUGGAUUCGUUGUCCGGGUAUACGCAGUUUACGAUUGAACAGAUGACCAUGUCGAACAAGCUCUGCCUGUCCGAUGACGCCGGUGUAGCUCACAAGAAGUGGGGAUUCGAGAAGCUAGUUUACAAGGAUGUGAAGAGAGGAAUAAGGAGAGAUAGAAAGUACGCGGUGCAACCGCGCAAUGUAUAUGCGACGGGGGUGCACAUGUCCCAGAACGUAGCCGGGAAAACAACACACAAGACCGAGGGUCGUAUUAAGUACUUCCAUUACCACGGGACCAUAGCCGACCGCCGGGAGCCAUGCCGGGAGUUUGUCAACACCACAUAUCUCACCAGCGAAGAUGGAAUCCCGUAUGUUCUGGACAACACGAUGCGACGCGCCGCUGGAAAUGUUAAGAAAUUCGAGCUCAGAAUGAUUGGACCCAGGUUAAAAGGAACGCGGCAAUGACAGACCCCUUCAUUUUCAUUCAUUCCUUUCUUUCUUUCUCCUCUUCUCAUGUAAUAGUUUCUCUCUCCCUCUCUUUAUUCCACGGUCGCCGGGGGUUUCCCAUUGAUUUUUUUUUUUUUUUUUAAAUCAUGUAUAAUAGCUUUUUCUUUUCUUUUUUUUUAAAUUCUUCUUCUCCAUUGCUUAGAAGAAAUAGAGACAGAGACGCGGGUAACGGGUGGUUGAUUUUAUUUGGUAUAUAUAUGAGCUUCGGAAUAA